GCUCGUAGUUCUGAAGGUGUGCCAAGAAACGUCCUACGGAUGUGCCUCAGCUACACCCACUCCUGCUCCCUGCUCCACAGCAGCUGCUUUACACUCUUUUCAACUCGUUUGUCUUUUCAAAGAUGCCUUUGAGAGAGAAAAGUGACGAGGAGCUCAGCAAGUUGCUCUCUGAGUAUGGCAUCACACAUGGACCUAUAGUCGACUCUACACGGAAGCUGUAUGAGAAGAAGCUUGAGAAGGCCAUGGAGGAUGCUCCGGUGGAAGUACCCUCGCCUGAUAAGACGUUCUACAGAGAGGAGGUGGAGGAAGUAACCUACAUCACAUACCACCACAGCCCGGUCAGACAAGAAGUGAAUUCUGAUGUUGUGAGACGUAGAGGCAACGCUGAGCCAGAUAAAGAGGAGGAACCGCUCCAAUACACAGAGCCCCCUGUCCAGAUCAGUAAGAGAACAGCCAAUCACAGCGCAGCACCAGGAAUGAAGGAGUCGGGCUGCAGCGUGUGGAAGGGGGUCCGGCUGCUGCUGCUGCUAGCCGUGUUAGCAGCAGCCGUCUACUACGCAUACUGCCGGGUGGUCAACAAUGAAGAGGAUCCUUCUGGGAUUCAAUGAUCGGAUGUUAUCAUGUCAUUUCUUCUCCAAUAGUGUUAGCAGUAGAGAGAGUGACCACAUGCCUUAAAGGCAGGAACAUUCUAGUUCUCUGUGUCACUAAGUCAGUGAAAUGAACAAAACCAGACAGAGUAUGAUCUGUGUAGGAAGAGCCUAUUGGGAGGGGGCUAUCAGACUCCCCUCCCCCUGACCAACAAGAAAUUAUUGAUUUCAAUCAUUUGUCUUUUAUAAUAAAUAUAUAUUUCAUUGAAAUGGUGUCCCUCAAUCAUGUUUAGUUCAAUUACUGCAUUUCUGAAUGUAGCGGUGUCAUUUUGGCGGUGAAGGUUUUAUUUGUAGCAUUGAUUGGUCCAACUUGUGAGCAGAUUGCCUGUCAAUCAUACAGGUCAUAUUGUUUGUGCUUUGUUAGGUAUUUGACAAUGCCUAAAAAAGAUCUCUGUUGGAUCCAAAUAUCCCACAAUUAAAAUAUUUGUAAUAGCUUUUAAUACA